GCUCCGAGUGCGCACAGCCUCCAUGGAUCAGGGCAAUUUGCAGCACUGUUGAGUUCUGCAGCAGCUUCUCCACCGGAGCAGCACCUCCACACACCGGCCGUGCGCAUCAUGCAUCACUGACACCGGAGCCACAAGAGGAAGGAGCACCGAUUAUCUCUCUUUUCUAGUUUCCAUUUCUCUCGAGACAUGAUGUUUUCUUCUGCGGGGAAGCGCUGCUUCACGAUAGAGUCUCUGGUGGCCAAGGAGCAUCCUCUCGCGGCCGAGGAGCCCAUCCGUCCCACGGCUUUGAGUUACUCCAACCCGGCGACAGACGCCUUAAUGAACGGGUACCAGGCUCCUCCACCGGCGGCCAGGUCCCUGUACCACAGCCCGGACCUGGUGUUCCCGGAUGCGGUGAACCACCCCUCCCUCACCGUGUCCCCCCACCAGCUCGGGGGCCCCCACCUCCAGCAUCCGCACUUCUUCGGGACGCAACACCGGGACCCGCUCAACUUCUACCCCUGGGUCCUACGGAACAGGUUCUUCGGACACAGGUUUCAGGGUAACGAGGUGUCCCAGGACAGUCUCCUGCUCCACGGUCCCUUCGCCCGGAAGCCCAAACGCAUCCGCACGGCCUUCUCCCCGUCCCAGCUGCUGCGGCUGGAAAGAGCCUUCGAGAAGAACCACUAUGUGGUGGGAGCCGAGAGGAAGCAGCUGGCCAACAGCCUGAGUCUGUCUGAAACACAGGUGAAGGUGUGGUUCCAGAACAGACGGACCAAGUACAAGCGACAGAAGCUGGAGGAGGAGGGACCAGACAGCCAGCAGAAGAAGAAGGGAAACCACCACAUCAACAGAUGGCGCAUCGCCACCAAGCAGGCCAGCUCCGAGGACAUUGACGUGACCUCAGAGGACUAAAACCCUCUGUCCAACGACGCUGCCCCGAACCCUGCGUCCCCUUCUGACGCACCAGAGGACCAACACUAUUUAUUAUGUAAUAUUAUUAAGUAUAAUUAGACACAUUAGAGAACGACACACCCGCACACACACGGACUAAACAUCUCUUCUGUGAGAUGCUGUAAUCUGUGACACUGGGAAAAGCAUCAUAUUUAAAGACUGGACGAGGAGAGAUUCUUCCAUCGUUUCGAGAAACAACGUCAACCUCUAUCAUAGUGUUUUGUUUUGUUUUUUUUUAAAUUGUACAUAGGCCACGUUUAAAAAGGUUGUUUCUGAAAGAGGCUAUUUGUUUCAUUAAAGCUGUUUCUACCACCUGCUUAGGUCAUUAACACCUCAUUGCUCACGCCACCUGUGCACCAUGUUCAUUCAAACAUGUUCCCCAAGUGACAAAUAACGUGUUGUCGCACACUUCUACUCCACGAGUCGGAGGACAGGCCACGGGAACAAGGACAGGAAAUGAAGCAUGUGUCAAAAGAAAAGCACCAACUCUGUCUCUGCGUGAUUUGUUUUUGUGACUUGAGAGUCAUUCCAGCGAUUCGCGGCCAGCUGUGCAUGACUCUGGGACAGAUGAGAAGCCUCUGGA